AUGCCUACGCUCCUCGGGGGCCGGCCACACACUCUGCUGCCCGCCGCCGACAUGAAGAUGCCUGCGGACUGCAUGUCACCCGAGCUGUUCACGAAGAUGGCCGAGAAGAUAGCCCAGCUGACGAAGGUUGUGUACACGCUCAACAUCCGUGCGGAGGACCAGGAGGCACUGAUGUUGGCCAUGAAGGAGCUGCACGAGGAAGAUGUGAAGCGCGUCACGCGAGACGCCAACGAGAAGAUGGCCCACUGCCAGAGCCAGGUGAGCAGGCAGGUGGCGCUGCUGGAAGGGGCGCUAGUGCGCGAGCGCCAGGAACGCUGCCGCCUCGAAGGCGAGCUCCAUCGGCAGCUGGUGCCAGCCGGCCAUCUGGUGACACUCUGUGCCGAGAUGCGCGACGCCAGCAUCGUGCUGCGCUCCAAGCUGGAUGCCUUCGAGCGCUUGCAGCUGCACGUAGCGCUUGCUUUGGAGGGCUCGCCGGUGAGUGCAGGUGUACCUGGAAUGACGAGCCGUGCAAUCGUCGGUGGUCAAGGGGAAGAUGACUGCAUCCUGCGCAAGAACGACUUCCUCCGGGAUCACUGUGACCAGCUCGCCGGGGAGAACCAACGCAUGCGCGUCCACUUCGAGGGCCAGCUGAUGCAGCUGCGCUCGUUCUACGAGGAGAAGCUGCACGGCAGCCGUCGGCUGCAACUCGGCAACGACGCCUCGCUCAUGGAGGAGAAGCACGCCUCGAGGGUGGACGCACUCCUACUUCAGCUAGCGCACAGCGAACAGCAGCUGGACAGGUACUGCAAGGAGGCGAAAGCUCUGUCCGAUGAGCUGGAGAAACGAGAGAAGCACCUAAAGAUGAUGGACGACCAGUUCAUUGCAUUGUGCGGCAUCAAGACGCCUCCUGGCACCUCGUCGAGUGGUCAACAGCCCGGCUCAAGGCCUGAGCUAAGGGGGAGCCCCGGCCCCUCUGAGUAUCAGAGGCAGGAGUUAGGCCUGACUUCCAGCAGCGUCGCUCGGUCCCGCGUACGACAAUACAACAAGUGCCAAACAGUGUCUCAGGACUGUUCUGCAACACCUACCAACAUGGACAUUUCUGUGCCGACGGAUGAUGCGCCAGGUUCUACCAGCGCUGGCAAACGCCAAAUAGACGCGUCGUCUCCUGCAUCAGCCACAUCGGGGGCGCCCCCGGCGUCUACGCGGGAUCUACUGGCGUUCCAGAAGAGUUCCCCUCGUUGCGGAAAGCCACCUGGAAUUCUCGCGAACCUGCGACCGAUCGCCCUUACCGUGACGCUAUGUAAGCUGCUGGAGCGAAUGGUGGCGACGCGCCUCAGUGGUGGCUUGAGCAUUUCCGGUGGUAUCACCCAGCAGAGAUUGGAUUUCGACCUAAGCUAG